GCGGGGGCACAGCAGCGGCCGCGGAGCGCCGGGAGCUGGGCGCAGGCUGCGCUGCCGCCGCGGAGCUGCCGGAGCCGGAGCGGCGGGGCUGAGUCCUCUCCAUCCCUGCCCCUCUGGGCUGCACAAGAGAAGAGUUUGCAGAUCUGCCCCUGCAGAACCCAGGUGCUGGGUUUCAGGAGUGAUUUGUCCCUGGAGCCUCACCCAGGAGCAGAGAGGUGAUCACUGCCCACCAGCAUGGCUCCCCACAAGGACCCAGAGCACAGCCCAAAGAGGAAGCAGCGCCCAGAGAAGAAGCAGCGCCCAAAGAAGCAGCACCCAGAGAAGAAGUUGGAGGAACCAAAGAGCAACUUGAAGGAAGAGAAGAAGGAGGAGGAGGAGGAGAUAGAGAUUACCAAAGCCAUGGAUGAGAAGGACAGUGAGGAGGAACUACGUAUGGAGAAGGAUGGUGGUGGUGGCCACAUGAAGGAGGGGGAUGAUGAGGAAGAGAAGAAUGGAGAGAAGGGCAAUGCCUCUCUGCCACCCCAGCAUGCAAAUCAGUGCCCUGAGGGUGGGCAGAGCUUCCCCCCCAGCUCAAAGCCAGUGGAACGCCACCGCCCCCACCCCAUCACUGAGCCCUCCACCUCCAGUAACAGCACCAAGAGCCUCAACCUCAGCUCCAGCCUCAGCCAGCACUGCCACAUCACCCCUAAGAAGAAGCCCUACAUCUGUGCUGGCUGCGGCAAGACCUUCACCCGCAGCCUGAACCUCAUUGCCCACUGGCACAGCCACGCCGGCACCAAGCCCUUCGCCUGCACUGACUGUGGCAAGAGCUUCCGCUACGGCUCCAGCUUCUUCCAGCACCGCCACGUCCACACCGAGGAGAGGUCCCACACCUGCGGUGACUGCGGCAGGAGCUUCCCGGAGAGCUCGAUGCUCAUCGCCCACUGGCACGUCCACGCCGGCGACAAACCCUUCACCUGCAGCGACUGCGGCAAGAGCUUCAGCGUCAGCUGCCACUUCUUCCGCCACUGCCGCGUCCACACGGGCGAGAAGCCCUUCUGCUGCGCCGGCUGCGGCAAGAGCUUCCGCUGGAGCAAGACCCUCAUCUCCCACUGGCGCGUCCACAGCGGCGAGAAGCCCUUUGCCUGUGACGACUGCUGCGAGACCUUCUGCCACAUCUCCCACUUCGAGGAGCACCGCUGCGUCCAAGCCGCCAGGACGCCCUACAGCUGCGGCCGCUGCGGCAGGGGCUUCAGCCUCAGCUCUGACUGCCAGCAGCACGUCUGCAGCUCCCCCUCCCAGGACCACAAGCAAGACAGAAGCAAGGAGGAGCAGGAGAGCUUGGAGCAGGACUCAGACACGGUGCAGCCCAAGCGAACUGGUGCCAGCAAGAGGCCAGAAUCCCGCAUCAAGAGCUUGAUCAAACACCUCCGCAUCCACGCAAACAAGAGGUCCUUGACCUGCCCUGACUGUGGUAAGAGCUUCAAACAGAAGUCCCAUCUCACCCAGCACUCCCGCACCCACACCAGCGAGAGGCCCUUCAUGUGUAAGGCCUGCCAGAGGUGGUUCACCGACAAGUCCUCCCUCACCCAGCACUAUCGCACCCACACCGGUGAGAAGCCCUUCACCUGCCCUGACUGUGGCAAGAGCUUCCGCCAGGCCUCCACGCUUGCCCAGCAUCGCCCUGUCCACACGGGUGAGAAGCCCUACCACUGCACCACGUGUGACAAAUGCUUCAGCUCCAGCUCCAACCUCAGCCAGCACCUCCGUGUCCACACGGGCCAGAAGCCCUUCUCCUGCACCAUCUGCGAGAAGAGCUUCACCCGCAAGUAUGACCUCAUCAAGCACUCUCGCAUCCACACGGGCGAGCAGCCCGAGAAGACUUAUGUCUGCCCUGACUGCAGCAGGAGGUUCCUCCACAAGUCCUCCCUCACCCAGCACCGCCGUGUUCACACGGGGGAGAGGCCUGUCUUCACCUGCCCCCGCUGUGCCAAGAAGUUCAGCAGCAGGUCCACCCUCAAUCGGCACCACCGCACCCAGGCCUGUGAGAAGUCUGAGGAAGUGAAGUCAUAACCGUGCCGAUGGACGCUGCUGGGCUAAGCCUGAUCCCCCUGGGAAGCCUUUGGCCAUCAAAUUGAACCAAAAUCACCUCAUUUCCACUGUUUCCUUGCAGGCUGGAGGGCUCCAGCAGCAACAAACCCACCCCACACCCCCCCCACCUUUUCCCAGUUAAUGAUGGUAAUAGUUAAGAGUGAUGAGUAGGCACAGGUGGUGCCACCACAGGAGCUGCUCCAGACCUUGCUGGGAUUUGACUGUGGUUUUUCCCUUCCCUGACAAGUCUUUUGGUUUCCCAGGGCUAAACCCAACCUCCUCAUCUCCCGUUGUGGUGGCUUGGCCCUGUCUGGGGUGGGGACUGCCCACCAAAGCCACUCUGUCACUCUCAUUCCUAGAUGGACAAAUGAGGGUGAAAAGUGUAACAAGAGACCUGUGGCCCAAGACAGGCCCAAUAAAGCAAAAGUGAAAGCCAAGGUUGCCUGCAGAGGUGGAAGCAGAGCAAACACAGAUCCUCUUCUCUGUUCCCCAUCAGCAGAUGGUGUCCAGCUGCUCCCUGGGGCUCCAACAUGCACAGCAGCUGGUCUGGAGAACAAGCCACCAAUGGAGGCCUGCAUCUCCUCCUUGCUAGAUGUGGAGAUGUUGCUGCCUUGUAGACCACAGGCACAUGGCAGUGUCCAUCCUGUCCUUUCAUUCCCAGGAACUGUGUCUCUUGAGCAGGUCCUUUGACCUUGCUGCUCUUUUUUUUCCUUUCAUGGCAAAUUUGGCCUUCAAAAUAAUCUGAAUGAUUUAUUGUUUUCCACUUCCUGAGUGCUCCUUCUGCCUUGGUGCCCCACACAGUGAUGCCAUCAAUGUGCUGCUGAUCUUCAGGGGCAGCAUCCUCUUCCAAAUGCUGGAGCUGUGCUCCCACACCUGGGGCAGUCAGUCCCAGGUGUCCUGCACACCCUUCCAGCUGACAGCAAACUGUGCCCUGUGCUCUGCUGCCAACAGAAUCAAGAAGAACACAUUGGCAACAUCAGUCAUAGCCUCCCCCUUGGCUGCUUUCCACUCCAGCUCACACUGGAGCUCUGCUCUGCCUGGCACAGCCACCCUGAGUGGCAUUGCCUCGCUCAGGCCACAGUAGUCUGCUGUUAAUCUUCACUUGCCCUCAGGCUUUUGCAAUGGAGGACUAUUAAAAGGUGACUGCACCUUGCUGAUUUCCCCCCCCCUUGAGUCUCCAGCUGUGAAUCAGCUCAUGGACAGGAGCCAGGGAGCUUCAGUUUGCAUGAUGCUGCCAUUGGUGUGCUCUCCUGGUAGCAGCUGGUGCCUGUUGUUGCACUUCAGCCUGCAGCAGUCUCACAAUGAAGAGAUCUUCUGAAAGGCCAAGCAGGGUAAGACAGUUCUCUGAUCUCUGUAUUCACCAGGGCCAUGCCAAAAACCUAUCAGUAGGCCUCUGGGUCCUUGAACUACCCAAGGGGCCUCUGGGCUGGUCAAAAUGGGAAGCUUUUCCCCACCUGUUCUCUGUUAAAUUUACAUGAAGCCUUUAAUGCUGUUGUGGUUUGAGGCUGGGUGCCUUGAAGAACCAUGAAGUUGAAGGCUUGCAGAGGCAAGACAGGGCCAGGAGGUGGACUAGAAAGUGCAAUUUUAAUCUUAUUUCAUUCCCAUACAUCCUGCAUCCCUAUGGAGUUGGUUUGCAGAGUCAGUUCCCUCCCUCUUCUCUCCCUCCCUGUUCCUGAGGGAGGCCACACAGGCUGUUACCUUUUGCCUGUUUCAGCCUCAGCAGUGCUGCCACUUGGGGCCCAGAGAGGCCUGACUGGGGCCUGGGGCUGCCAAGCUGAAUUUUAGCUGCAUCACCUAGGUUUGUUGUUUAGGGCUGGGGAGUGGUGGGCAUGUGGGCAUUUGAGGCCUGGAUCUAUGGCCUGGGUUAGAUUUGUGUGAAGCUUUGGGCUAGGGAGGUUGUUGGAGAGCCAUGGCCAAGGUGGACUGUGGUUGUGGUGUAUUUUCUGUGGCCAUGAAGAGCACUUCCAUUGAUGCUUCCCACUCGUACCCAAUCAUGUUACCUCUUUUGGAAGAGGUGUAAAAGAGCUUCUGGCCUCUCAAAACCCAGACACAGAUAACUCUUGACAUCCCCCCCCCCCCCCACAUGUCACUCCAGAGAUCCAGAUGGAUGCCCUGGUUGUGCACUGGUGUGUAGGUUGUGCACUGGUGUCUGCCAGCACCACCUUACACUGCUGUGAGUCGUGUGCCAGGCCAUGAAAUCCACACAGCUGAGUCCACACUCAUCCCUUACCUCCUCCUGGCCCAAGGCUCCUCAUCAGAAUACUCACUGAAUGUGGUGGUGCCAGACCAGAGGUCCCCUCAUCAGCAUCAAGGGAUGUAAACUCAGUUCUCCUCUGACUGGCAGGGGGUUGAUUGCCUCCUCGAGUCUCCACAGCAGCUACCUUGGCUGCCUUCUUUAUGUGGUCCCCUUCUGAAGUGCUGUUAAUCCUCUCAGCUCACACACAAGAGCCUCCAGUCUAGGAGCAGCUUUGCCAUGCCACUUCCUUCUGUCCCCACCCAUGGUCAUGCAGCAGUAAACCAGGGUGCUCCACCUGCCAUACACCUAUCUGCUGCCCACCUCCUGUCUGCCUGGUGCAGGAGAGGCUUUGUGUUCUCAGGUCUCCUGAUAGGUGAGGCACUGGCUCUUGGGCAUGAGGAGGCACAGAGGUGGCAUCAUGGAUGCAGCAGCCUGCUGCUGGCACUCACACCAUGAACGUGCUGGCUGGACCUGAAGUUUGGAUUGGUGCAUGGGAGGCUUCCUGUUCUGGUUGCUGCUUCUGGUUCUUGGCUGCUGGCUUUGUGCUGGCAUCAGAACGGGUGGGAAUUGGGUACCUGCUGGGUUUGGUUUCCUGUUUUAGGCUCAUUUCCCCCCCCCACCCUGCCCCACUCUGUGUGUUUCAGUGCACUGCUGCUGCAAGCAGGCUAAGCUAAGGUAAUCAUGGAUGGUAUUGCUGGAUUAAUUAGGUGAUUAAUUAUGCAUUGUGCUCCUGGUAUCUUCUGUUACAUUAAACUCUUUUCUCUUUACCCUGA